UCCUAUUUAGUUAUUAUUUUUCAAACAAAGGAUUCCUUCAAAGAUCUCCCUGUUUGCUUCUUGGAGAUUUGCCGCUGGCGUGUAGAUCUCCCCUCUAUAAAAACAUGCCAUUCCUUCUGGUGGUCCAUCACACAACACAUCCUCUCCUUCCUUCUCGAGGCCGUCAUUAGUAGUCAAACCAGAGAGCGAUGGAUUCUUGCGGUAACAUCUCAGAUCCAUCAUGCGUUGGGAAGCAAUCCCAUGUUUCCAGGAAUUUCGCGUGGCCGAAGGAGAGCGUGGUCGAAGCCCAAGGAGAGCUGGAAGCGCCACUGGUGGAUCUUGACGGCUUCAUCAGAGGCGACCAGGACGCCACCCGCCGAGCCGCCGAGCUAGUGAGUCGAGCUUGCCUGACCCACGGCUUCUUCCAGGUGAUCAAUCAUGGAAUUGAUUCGCGUCUCGUCGAGGAGGCUUACCAACAGUUGGACGCUUUCUUCAAGCUCCCACUUCACAGGAAAUCAAGCCUUCCCAAGACUGCCGGCUCCAUGUGGGGCUAUUCUGGCGCUCAUGCUCAUCGUUUUUCCCGCAACCUCCCUUGGAAGGAGACCCUCUCUUUCCCCUUCCACCACAGUAGUGACGUCUCUGAGCCUGUCGUCUCCACCUUCUUUACUUCUAACAUUGGACAAGAUUUUCAACAUGCUGGGAUGGUGUUUCAGAAGUACUGCGAGGGAAUGAAGGAGUUAGGGUUGAAGCUGAUGGAGCUUCUGGGAAUAAGCUUAGGGGUGGAGCGGUGGCAUUACAGGGAAUUUUUUGAAGACGGAGAGUGUAUAAUGAGAUGCAACUAUUACCCGCCAUGCCAUGAGCCUGGUCUUGCCCUUGGGACGGGACCGCAUUGCGACCCGACUUCCUUGACCAUACUUCAUCAAGACGAUGUUGGAGGGCUCGAUGUUUUCACAGAUGACAAGUGGCAGAGGGUUCCUCCUCGUCCUCACGCUCUUGUGGUCAAUAUUGGCGAUACCUUUUCGGCACUAUCAAACGGGAGAUACAAGAGCUGCGUGCACAGGGCAGUGGUGAAAAGGUACAAGGAGAGGAGGUCCAUGGCAUUCUUCGUGUGCCCCAAAGGAGACAAAGUGGUGAGACCCCCUCAGGAUCUGGUGCUCAGGGAUGGCGCCACCUUGUUCCCUCACUUCACGUGGUCCGACUUCCUUCUUUUCACUCAGUCCUUCUACAGAGCCGACCACUCCACUCUCCACCACUUCACCCGCUGGCUGCUCUCCUCCAAACCCUCCUCUGCUUAACCCCUUCAUUUCCUGCUCCCUCUUCUGCAUUAUAUAAUGCAUCGUGUUCAUCCCUGAACUGCCAUAUAUGUUUGUUUCAGAUCAAUAUGCAUUAAUAUAAUGAAUCUUCCUUCUCCCCGUCAUUAUUUUUGAAACUGUGUCGUGUUAAUUCACUUCAUCAGCGUAAAAUUGGCAGGGUUUGGAAAUAUAGCUUUUCAGGAUAUAACAUGGAUGAUACAUGCGAGUUUAAAGAUAAAAAAGGAAGGAGCCAUCAACCACAACCAUCCCUCUGUAACAAGGGAUUUCAGUUGAAAUGAUGAGUUUCCCUUUGAAUCAGAUUUUCAACCCGUGUUGAGGGUCCAUACGCACGUGGAUGGAAUUAAGGAAAAUUAGCCGACACCAAGGAGACAAAUAAGAAAACAUAUACAUGCAACAGCCCCUGGCAAUAGGUUUGUCGUAUGCGUGGGUGCAAGAAAUUGAAGGACUGAAUGGAGAUGGGGAAUCAAAAUGAGGACGAUGGAAAGGACAAAGAAAUGCAAGCUGUUUCACAAGUCAUGGUACCUGCGAGGUUGGAUGAUAUAAUAAUGUUAAAUUGUUCAAGUGUUAGUGAAUACA